AUGCAUCGCCGCGCCGGAGCUCCUCGCACGUCCGUUCGCAGCCAGCGCAAGGUGGACCAGCCGCCACCAAGCAGGAAGGCGCCACGCACGGUGAUUGGCGUCUCUUCUGUUCCACUGUCGAGCCGCUUCACGCACCUGGCGGAUGGACCAGCGCCGCGCGCAGUGACGAAACAGCAGCAGCAUCAGGUGACAGUCGUCAAGAUGCCGCUGAAGAAAGGCAAGACGCAGUCGGUACUGCGCGCUGCUAAUGGACGGAAGAAGUUCCAGAAAGAGGUAGCGACGGUGAAGCAGGUGACGCAGCACCAGCAGCAGAAGAAGCUGCAGCAGGUUAGUCAGAACAACCGCAGCAAACGCCAGCAAGUCAUCAGCAAACACCGGAAAGGGCUCCCGCCUCAGGAGCUGAAGCUCAAGGGAGUCCAGACUAAGCACAAGAACGGGCCUGCUCAGGUGCACGGAGGAAGAGGCGCGGGCCGUGGAGGUCGCGGAGGACGAGGAGGACGCGGUGGUCGUGGAGGACGUGGAGGUGUAAAGGGCAAACUUCCGUCCGGAGAAGACCUUGAUAUGGACAUGGACGAGUACUGGCACGAAGCUGGUAAAGGUCCGGAUCCUAAAGCUGUUCAGUUGGAUCGUCAGAUGGAAGAGUACUGGGCCGCCAAACCGACAACUGACAACGAGGCUGCCAAGACGGAAGCAGCUCUUGACACUACUAUGGAAGCCUAA